CAGUCCGUAGCCCCACGUGGAAAGAAAGAUCUCCGAAGCCGACACCGCCAUCCCCGAAACUUCUCAAGCAAUGGCUGGUCGUCAAUUCUCAUUUCACAGUUGCUGUCAAAUACUUUGAAAACCUGCUAGUCGCUCUUGUGUAUGGGAUAGGGAUACGGGACCAUUUCACAACCCUUACAACAUGCCGUCGCUCGUUACUACGGAGUCCGCGCCUCACCUCCGCGUGUCCGCCGGGAAGGACCAGGCACCAACAGACGCAGGAACAUCUGCCAGGGCACCACCACCAGAAGACUCGUCCGUCGAUCACUUUUUCUGGACAUAUACAGAGGAGCCGCAUCGAUCACGGCGUCAAGCAAUUAUCAAGGCGCAUCCAGAGGUCACCAAGCUCUGUGGUCACGAACCGCUCACGAAGUAUGUCGUCCUUGGUGUCGUCUCCCUGCAAGUCCUCUGCGCUUGCCUUCUCAAGGAUACAUCCAUGCUGGACUGGAAAUUCCUCGCAACGGCAUACGUGAUUGGCGCCACGGCCAACCAAAACCUCUUCCUCUCCAUCCAUGAGAUAUCACACAAUCUGGCGUUCCGUUCGCCUAUGGCAAACAGACUACUGGCUAUCUUUGCCAAUCUGCCCAUCGGGCUGCCAUACAGCGCUGCAUUUAGGCCCUACCAUCUGACACAUCACAAGUCCCUGGGAGUUGCAGGACUUGACACCGAUCUUCCUACAGCUUUUGAAGCUUGGUUCCUCGACUCCCUGCUCGGCAAAGCCUUCUUCUGCACGUUCCAGAUCCUCUUCUAUGCGGUCCGCCCUAUGUUCAUCUACAGCCCGCCGUUCACCUCGAUCCAUGUCCUGAAUCUCAUUACCCAGUUUAUCUUCGACUACAGCAUCAUCAAGCUCUGCGGUUCCGCGCAGCCACUGUACUAUUUCAUACUGAGCUCGUUCUUGGCGGGUUCCCUGCACCCUUGCGCAGGACACUUUAUCGCCGAACACUACUUCUUCUCCAACGUCCAGACGGGCGGGACUGAAUCGAUUGAGGAACAGAAAUCUGCUGGGAAGAAUGAGCCUAAGAAGGAACACCCCCUGGACUCUCUCGCGCCGCCGGAGACAUACUCUUACUAUGGCCCCCUCAACAUCCUUACCUACAAUGUUGGCCUGCACAAUGAACACCAUGAUUUCCCGGCUGUCCCUUGGACCCGCCUGCCAAAGCUGCACCAGAUCGCGAAGGAGUUCUACGAACCGCUGCCCUGCCACCGCAGCUGGGUCUGGGUCAUCUGGACCUUCAUCCUGGAUAGCAAUGUCGGAAUGUGGUGUCGGGUGAAGAGAUCCCAGGGUGGCCGUAUCGUUGGUGGAGGUGGACAAGAUGCCAAAAGAUACGGCAGAAGCGGCGAAACCAUCUCAGCUGCAUCUGCCGCCAAGGACGACGAUGGUGAUGGAUGGAAGGAGAGUGAGCUUCAGAACUAAACGAGAUCUAUCUUAUCAGAUGUAUGCUCUGUAUACAGGGGGGUUUUGUCUGGCGUUUGAAAUGGUU